GCUAAAAUUCGGCACGAUCGUCGAAAAUGGCGCGGACGCGGGUGAAGGAUCAAUCGAUUCUUCACUUCACUGCAAGAAAUGGAAUCGAAAACGAAACACCCAUUUAUUCUUACGUCGGGGGUCUUUCUCAAUUUUCACCGCUGAAAUCGCCACGCCGUAGAAUGAACACCGGUCAAGAUUCUCCAUUAUUUUCAUCUCUAUGUCGUUCUGAUUCCUUCUGCUUGAUUCCUACUUCUGAUAUUCAUAAAUUGCGAUCGGAAACCCUAACAAUGAAGACGGAGCCAGGGUUAKACUUCGAUUCUUCUCACUUGCGGAGUCCCUCUGAAACGACGUAAUCUCUCAAUCAUGAGCAUCCCGGUAUAUGGAAAUCAUAAUCCCUAUAUCCAAUACUGCGCUUCUGCACCUGCCCAACCCGGGAAAAAAGAUAAGAUCCGGGGAGCGUUGGGUCGCUGCGGGAAGAUGUUGGAAGAGUAUGGUAAAAUUGCAGAGGAAGCUGCGGACGACGUCUUGCAUCACAUAAAAGUCAGCCCGAGCAUUGGCGAUGCAGCAAAGGCUAGGCUUAUUCAAGGGACGAAAUUAGUCACCGAAGGAGGCCCAGAAAARUUAUUCCAGCAUACAUUUGGUGUUAUUCCUGGAGACAAAUAUUUGCAUUCAUAUGCUUGCUAUUUGUCAACUUCUUCUGGGCCUGUGAAUGGGACUCUUUACAUAUCCACCAAAAGAGUGGCUUUUGGUAGUGAAUCACCUCUCUGUUACUCUUCAUCUCCUGGUCAGCCAGAGUGGAUGUAUUACAAGGUGGUGAUAGAGCUCAACCAGGUGGCAAUGAUCAACCCGUCUCCAAACCUUCUCAACCCAUCAGAAAAAGACAUCCACAUAGUCACGAGGGACGGUCACGAAUUCUGGUUCAUGGGAUUUAUAUGUUUCAGCCGGGCCUUAAAGAGUUUAAACGAGGCGUUAAAGCAUGCCCAUGCCUAGUUCAGACGAGCCCWAAUUGUCUCAGUGUUUGCCUCCUCUUCUCUCCAUCCUAUGCCUAUUUAAAACAAUAACUUGGUCUUGUACUUUAGAAUGCUUGCGUUGGUUCUAAAAUGUGAAGGUUUUUCUUCACAUAUGUUUUCCUCUUCUAAUAAAAUUUUGCAGUUUAUUGGAUAUGUAAUUAUUUAUGCUUAAGAAGUUGUGUUUCUCUAUGCUGAUGAWAAUAAAUAAUGGAUGGUUUGGGUUGAAUGAAUAUCAGCAAUUCUUUGCAGAUUCUGCAGAAA